AUGGACGAGGAGAAGGUGCAGGCGUACGCGGACUUGGCGGCGCAGAUGAUGGAGCUGCACGCGUCCAUCGCACUGCUGUCGCAGAACGUGGAGAAGAUGGCGCGUACGGACGAGGAGGUCACCUCCAUGACGCGCAUCUUUAACGGCGUGUUUAAGAACGCGGCGCAGCAGACGAACUACCGAGAACCGUCACCGUCGUCAUAA